CGGGGGACGCCUUCCUCGAGCUUGCCGGGGCUCGUGCGCGCGCGCGUCCGACUGCGCCGUCCGCCUCUCCCGCCUCCGUCUCUUCUGGCGUGUUGCCAGAGGCGGCCAGCGUUGGCUCAAGGCACGUGCGCUUCAGUGCGGUUGGCUUGUUGCUGCGCUCCCUCGCUCGGCCGGCAGGCAGUACUCAAAGAGCGUUCGGGGAGGAACGCUACGCAAGGCCAUGGAUCCAGCAUGGCGGCUGUGCUGCAUAACGGCCACGAAUUGUAUGAUUAUAACUUUCAUGUACACGCUGGCGCCCUUCAUGGUGCUCGAGUUCGGCGUCACCAGCGACCGCCAGGCGCUUGGCUUCUGGUCUGGAUUCAUAGUCAGCGCCUUCUUCUUGGCACGCACGAUCGCGCUGCCCACCUGGGGCCGGUUCUCGGACAAGCACGGCCAUUGCAGGGUGAUCUCCUUGUCCCUGCUCCUCACUGGCUGCGGCACGCUGCUCUGCGGCGUUGCCGGCUCGCUGCAGGCAGUCUCCGCAGCGCGGCUGCUGACGGGCGCCUGCAGCGCAGUGCACUCCAACUGCAUCGCCCUUGGCCACGAGGUCUCGGGCCACCGGGGAUCGGCCAUCGUGGAGACCGGCUUCUCCCUCGGGAAGCUCGCCGGGCCGGGGCUGGCGGGGCUCCUCCUCCAGCUGCGGCCCGGGGCGUGGCUCGAGGGCCACCCCUUCGCGGCGCCCUGCGCCGUGCUGGGCCUCCUGCAGUUCGCCGCCGCGGCCGCGGUGCCCCCGCACCGGCCGCCCGGCCAGGCGGCGGAGGCCCUGCUGGCAGGGACGGGGCACCCGAGCCCCGUCGGAGGCGCGGGCCGGCAGCGCGACGCGCUGCGCGCGCAGCUCCUGAGCGCGGGCGCGGUCCUCGUCUCCGUCGCCAUGGAGGAGGCCUUCGUGCUGUACGGCGUCGGCGCGCUGGGCAUCAGCGCGCCCGCGGUCGGGGCCGUGUACCUGGUCGCCGGCGUCGGGGACCUGUUGCUGCAGGGCACGCUGCUGCUGCGGCUGGUGCAGUCCAGCAGCUCCGCGGCGCUGCGCCGCCUGCGGCGGCGGGCGCUGCUGCUGCUCGCCGCCCCCCUGGCCGCCCUGCCGUGCCUCGGCCUGCCGGGCGCGCCCCUGUGGGCCCGGGUGGCCCUGCUGGGCGUCCUCUGCGGCGCCCGCACGUCCAUAGCGUUCGUGUUCUUCGUGUGCAACACAUCGCUCUCCUGAACGAGGCGUCCCCGGGCGCAACCGCCGCCGCUCAGAGCCUGCGCAUGGCCGUCGGCUCGGCGGUGCAGGUGGUGGGGCCGCCCCUGGGGGCGCUGGCGUACGCCUGGUCUUCCACGUCGGGUCUCCCGUUCCCGCUCGACCACCACGCCGUCUUCCUCGCGGCGGCGGGCUUCUCGUUGGCCCUCGGGCUGCUGGCGUAGCGGUCUCAUGUCUGGUGGGCGUCCGGAGGCCGUCUUCGCAGCUGGGCAGGGGAGUAGGGUCAGCAGCAACUUUCGUUCGCCUGUGCCUCCUGGAGUUGCUCUCACGGUCGUGGUGAUCCCGGCGUGUUGACGAGCUACGACAUCUGCGCUAGCACAUGAUACGCCGAAUUAAGACCAGAGUGGUGUUGUUGAGGGGCUGAGUCUUACCCAGCCCACGGCUCGGCAAUAUACUACAGCCUACAACGUCAUCAUAUCUCCAGGGUUGUCAAGCCCGAGUCGAUGACAGCUUGAUCUGGGUAUGAUGUUCGGAUAACUACAAUUUGGUACAGCGCACGUUCGACCACGGUGCCGGACAGCCAAGCGGACAUAGACUUGCAUGAGUUACGGUUGUUUCAGCAUUCCAUGGCAGCAGCACGACUGGCAUCCAGAAGAUGGACGAGCAGUGUUGCGAGCGGCGCGACUGUGAGCAGUACUACGAACCACGGCGGAACACAGCGAGACGUUUGGUAGCCUUGCAGCACAUUGGGGAGCAUCAUGGCUCUGUCAUCCAGGAGUGGGACGUGCAGUGAUGAGCUGCGCGGCUUCGAGCCGCUCGGCGACUGGGAGCAGUUGCCCCCCUCCCUUCCUCCCUCUCUUCCCCCCUCGUUCGUAUCCGCAGCUGCGUGCGGGAACCCUAGUUCCCGGUCGCUUCCUCCCAGAAGCGAGAUGCUGACUGCUACUUCCCCUCCGCGCGGAAGGUGGGCCGCUCUGCUCGGCGGCGAGCCUUGGGGGGAGGCGCGAA